AUGGAAGAAGCGUUGGCUAGAGUGCAGGAGCUUGCAGCUCAAGACGAGGAUUCCCGUCGCAAAGCGGUCGCAGCCCUACCAAAGUUGGCCUCCUCGCUGGAGAACGUCCAAGAGACCAUCAACCGAUAUGGACAUCUGCAUCUCCAAUCCGCCAUGGUCCAGACGGGAGUCGAGCUGGGUCUGUUCAAGCACCUGAGUGACUCGCCUGAGGGAUUGACAGUCGAGCAAAUUUCGGACAAGACUGGCGCAGAACGCCAGCUGAUUGUACGAUCUCUAAGGUAUCUCGCCGCCAUCGGCUCAGUGGAGGAGGUCGGGAAAGGCCGAUACGCCGCCAACCAUGUUACCCGAAAUCUCAGCGAGAGCUUCUAUCUCAGUGCACCGCCAUUCCAAGCCAUCCCCAAGUUCCUCAAGGAAACCAACUACAGACUCCCGGAUGACGCUAGUCAUACGCCAUUUCAACUCGCACUUGGCACCGACAAGUCCAUUUUCGAAUGGUUCGUUGGACAGCCCGAGUUGCUGGGACACUUCAACAACUACAUGGCAUUGCACCGCAAGCAAACUGAAGGUCUUUCAUGGCUCUCGGUCUAUCCCGUUGAGACCGAGGCCGCGGGCAAGCCGGCCGAACAACCGCUAUAUGUUGACAUUGGCGGUGGUAUCGGCCAUCAGUGCAAGCAAUUCAAGGAGAAAUUCCCCGACCUGCCUGGCCGUGUGGUCCUGCAGGACCUUCCGCAUUCGAUUGCUCGGGCUUUUCCCACGCCAGGCGUUGAGAACAUGGCGCACGACUUUUUCACGCCUCAACCAGUCUUAGGUGCCAAAUUUUACUAUCUGCAUGCAGUUCUGCACAACCAAUCUCCGAGCAAUCUUCGUAAGCUUCUCGAGAACACGAAAGCGGCUAUGGCGGCCGAUUCCGUGCUGCUUAUCGAUGAGAUGGUGUUGCCAGAGACCGGUGUAAGUGCAAUAGCCGCUUCGAUAGAUCUGACCAUGCUCUCGUCUCUGGCUAGUGCAGAGCGGACCAAGGAAGAGUGGGGAGAAUUGCUUGAUGAUAUAGGCCUCGAGAUCGUCAAGACUUAUACGUACAAUGAGCGGACUUACGAGACUGUAAUGGACAUACGUUUGCCGAAGGCUGCUUGA